UUUAAUUAAAUAAAAAUCUAUAGAAAUUUAAUUUCAUACUCCCAAAUUGAUAUUUAGGAAUCCCAUCUUCCUUCUCCCCCAACUUAGCAUUAUCCCCAAUUCCAUAUACUUGAGAGAAUUCACUCCAGAAACCAAGCAAAAACAUAGAACCUAGAAAUUCCAAAAAAAAAAAAAAAUCUUUCCAGAAAACCAAAAUGCAGACUCAAUGUUUGGCAUCAUCUCUAUAUGGGCAUGCCACCAUUAAUGUUCUUCUCUCUUCCACCAAGGGAGGAGCAAGGAAAAAAGAGAAGAAGGAAGAACAACAAGAGUUGAAAUUUAGGAAAAAAAGUAUUGUUGAGCAUUUAGCACCUCCAUUCAUGGCUGCCGUUCUCACCUUAUCCUCUCCAGUGAUUUUUGAUCAGCCUGCGCUUGCAUCAGAAGGUGCCAGAUUGUUUCAGAAAGCCUGCAUUGGGUGUCAUGACACUGGUGGAAACAUUCUCCAACCUGGAGCUACUCUCUUCAAGGAAGAUCUUGAAAGAAAUGGAGUUAAUACUGAAGAGGAGAUAUACAAUGUCACAUAUUAUGGAAAGAGAAGAAUGCCGGGGUAUGGAGAGAAGUGUAGUCCAAAAGGGCAGUGCACAUUCGGACCAAGGUUGCAGGAUGAUGAAAUCAAGAUGUUGGCCGAGUUUGUGAAGUCACAAGCUGAGUCAGGAUGGCCUAAGGUUGAAAGUUAUGAAGAUUGAUAUUGAUUCACUUUCACCAAAAUGUAACAUAAAUCUUAUGUGACAUGACAAUUUGUUUAUCAAAUUGGCGACAUGGAAAGCCCAUGAAAACGGUCAAGUGGUUA